GACGUUUGUGCGGUCAGGACUCAAGAGCGCCGCCAAGCGAUUACGCCGUUAAACGAAAAAUUGUGGAUGAGUGUUUUGAGCGUGUGAGCUGGGAAGUUCUUGAUGAAUCGAUACUUGGUUCUGAAAGAAAUGUCGAAUAGAUGUUUACUGGAACGCUCUUUUGAUGUUGGUCCGUGUGAUUCGACGCAAAGUUCAAUUGCAGAUCAGCUAAAGGCAGUGAAACACAGGGAAACCCGCAGGGACUACAUGAACGGGAGUGUUCUCCAAUGCAUGACAUGCAACACGGUGCUUGGAGACUCUCUAGGAAUCUGUGGGGAAGUCCAGAGCCUCCAGCUUAUCGUAUGUUUGAAAGUUUCUGAUGAUGUGAGUGUGAGUAAACCGUUGGAAAUGAGCUUAGAUGGUCAUCUGGCUUACUCCACCUACCAUCUUCUUCGCUGUGCUGGUUGUAAAAGCAGUGUUGGCCUUGCUCUUCACUCCACUCCAGAGCACCUGUCUGCUUUACGAAAUCUCUUCCUUUUACGAAAAGAGCUGAUAAAUUGCUACAUUCUAACAAAUGGCAAAUAUUUUCAAGCCUCAAAAAUGUGCUUCAAACACAGACUUCUGGACAAAAACAUAAAAGAGCUGAAACAGGAUUUAGAAGCCCAGCUGAAACAGGUGAAGAUUUUGGAGGGAAUGAUGGACAAACUGUGCACACACAGCGUUGACUAAGGAUAAAGUAUACAGCUUUUUGUUCAAAUAAAGUGUAUUUUUGUAAGGUAAUAACUAAAGAGAAAUGUUUACAAUG